UGCUUCUGCUGCUGCUGGGGAGCUACACAGAGGCGGACACCGGGCAGGGAGACUCCGCCUGAGAUACGGCUUCGUGCGGUCACCUGGGGGUCUGGGGCCGGCACUGUAUCCCUCACUGCACAUCAGCUGCCCCCAUUGCAUUUCCUCCCAUUUGCUGCCUGGCUGUGUCCAGCACGUACAGGGUGGCACUGUGCAGCAUACUCACACCUGUACUGUACCGGGGAGCUGCUUUCCCUGUGGACACUGCGCUGCAGAGGGCUGGGUGGGUUACCAGCCACCAACACGGGGAUGUAUUGUGAGAUGGAUGAAUAAUUAACAUUAAAUAUUCACAUCACCUCCCCGCUGCCAGUGAGGUGCCAGUGACCCUCACAUGCAUUCACCAGAUGCUGCUUAAGGGUUAAAUAUAAUGGGAUCCAUUUCCUGGAUGGUCAGAUAUCUGUACUCGCCAGGCUGAAAAAUGGAAGCUUCUGAUACAGUGUCUCAGAAUGGGACACCAACGGACUGGGGCAAGUCAAAACUGAAGAAGAACCAAGUAGAUAUUAUCAGAACAUCGUCCAAAGGGAACAAAUCCCAUGAAACGAAAAUUCCCACAACCCCUGAUAAAAAGACACAGGAUCAUAUGGAAAUUAAAGAUCUCUCUCCUUGUAAAACAAAAAUUGGAUCCGGUCGUCAGUCAUUAAAAAUUCAGCAGAAUGCACAAGUGAAGCAUUUAUCGGUGAAGGUCACAGAGCAAAAUGAAGUUGAUGACUCAGUCUGCGAUGAACAAGAAGACCAAGCUCUCCUGAAAGUCAAACCAUUUAUAUGCGUUGUUUGUCAGAAAAGUUUUGCCCAGAAAUCAAACCUUGUAACCCACUUUAGAGUCCACACUGGGUCCAGGCCGUAUAUGUGCAUGGAAUGCGGAAAGACCUUCAGUACCAGCUCAAACGCGGUUACCCACCAGAGAGUGCACACGGGAGAGAGGCCCUACAGCUGUGGGGAAUGUGGGAAAAAGUUCAGUAUCAGCUCCAACUUGGUGACCCAUCAGAGGGUCCAUACAGGAGAAAGACCCUACAUCUGCUCUGAAUGUGGGAAAAGCUUCACUCACCGCUCAAAUCUGGUCAUACAUCGCAGAGCACACUCAGGCGAGAAGCCGUAUGCAUGCUUUACGUGUGGGAAAACAUUUACUCACAGCUCUCACCUUGUCGCUCAUCAAAAAGUUCACAUUUAAGAAAACAAAGUUCCCCUUGUUCACUAAAUAAAAGGACUUAGUUUGGGAUACAUACUGUAUGCUUAUAAUUGUUAUCUACCAAAUUGGUGGUAGAUAAGAUGUAACACUUGCAGUCCCUCCAAGGCUGAACAAUUGCUAACGUAUUUUUUGCUACUGCCAUAUAUAAAAACUGUUAAUGUUGUGCCAUAUAGCUUACACACCAUCCAGUUGCAUUUUACCUAAUACAGGUAUGAUAGGCCCAUAAAGGAGACCCUGUGACCCAAGUAAAUUACCUUUCAGAAAGUAUAAAUAUGUCUGAGAGUCAAGGCAACAUCUUGCUUUCUACAGUAGAUCUUGUGACUGCCUUUGGUAAAGCCUACUAUACGUUCCAGUUCAUCAACCAGUGGAACAGGCCGUGCCAUAGAGAAUGCAGGAGAGCUGAAGCUGUGGAGGUUGUUAUGGAAAUAAAAGACUAAUGUGAGCAGAUGGCGUUUGUUUGAACAGGACAGCUUACUAAAGGAAAUCCAGAGAUUAAUGUGUUGAGAGUAGGAUAGAAAAUGCAAUUAAUACCACAAACUUGUGAGAAAAGUAGAGAGGAAAAUAUUGUUAUUGAAGAGAUAAGAAGAAAAUACAGCUCUCAGGGUAUUUAUGUAAUAGAGCCUUGUGCAGCUACAUGUGAUGUGUUACCCAUGCAAACACUGCAGUAACCUCUGACCUAUAGAUCACUUUGAGUACUGCACCAAUAUGGCGUUCCUGGCAGCAACAAACUAAUAAUGCAUCCAGGAUCCAUCGGCAGUAGAGUACCCUCACAGUGAUUUAUUAAUCACUAGUCUGAGGUAUGUUCCUGCUGGGUCAACCUUUUUUUUUUUUUUUUUUUUCUCAGGCAUAUAGGUUAAAAUUAGUCCCUACUAACAUGUUAUCAUGCAGAAGGUAAUUUUUAUGCCAGAGUUGCUGAUAUGGGGUGUGUAAAUGCAAUCACGUGAGAUAUGAAUUCACCUGGGUAAUCAGAGGUGAUGGACUGAGCUUGGAAGAUGACGGAAGGGGGAACACCUUGUACCCUUAAAGAAGGGAGGUCAAAAUACAAGCCCUCAGCAGCUAUAAUGCUAUUGAGUAGGAAUAGAUACAGAAAAGUAAUGAGAGUGAAGAAGGCAAGUUUAGCCUGACCUAAGCGCAGUAGUCACCGCUAUACAGUCUGAGAACUGCUGUGAAGAUUUCUCUAGUGCUGAUUGCGUCCUUUAUCCAUCGUCUCCCAACAUUCUACACACUAUCAUUUUAUACACCGAUACACAAGUGAUGCUAAUAUACGUAUACACUAAUGUAAAUAAUGUUGGAAUAGUGAGGUGAUUCCUGAUGUCAUCACUUGGGUAUACAGGGUCUAAUGCAUUUCAUUAGGAUGGGAGGCAUAGGAUUGGGUGAACGAGCAGCAGGAAGCACUGCUCAUAUCUGUCUGCUGUGUGUAAUAAUCAAUGUGUUCUCAGUAGGAACUCUUAUGUAACAACACAUCCCCUUCUGUACAUAAUUUCAUACACAUCAUUGAUUAAUCAUAUCUAUUUAUCAGUGGGGGGGGGGGGGUUUCGCUAUUACGUUAUAUAAUAAAUGUUAAUAUGUAUAAACUACUGUAAAUAAUCUGUAUAGAUGGUGUCUCCUCAUUAUAUCACUUUAGUUUAUCAGGAAAAGCUUAUGCAUUGUAGUAGUAAUAAUGCAUUCCCUACUGUAUACAGGUCACAAAUCCAUGACCUUAAUAGCAAGCACUCUGCCCACAGCCUAGUGCUUUUAUGUGAUGAGAAUUUCUCACUUUACUUACAGUAGGUAGAGCAUUGUCCCAUAUAGCGUAUACAUUUAGUAUUUAUCUAAUUUACUAGGCCACAUGUUCUAAAUAAUGAUGUGGGUCUAUAUAGGAAUUUGAAACAAUUCCUAUUGCUAAUAGAUUAUAUUUUCCAUGGUAAACUAAUGAGAACUAGAUACUGUAGAAUGAUGUUAGGCACAGUAUGAGGAGAUGGUAAGUAUGAAAAGUGUUCCUUCCUACAUAUGAAGUUAAUGUGUAGGAGACCGGUCAAUAUUAAAGCAUGAGUAAUAAAAUGAGCAUAGGCAUAUCAUAGGAAUCGGCUUUGCCUUAAUACUUAAGGGAAAUUGCCACCAAGUGAAGCAGUGGUGUGAGACUUUCUUUACACUAUAUUUUGUUGCAAGAUUUCCCAAAUACGCAAUAAUAGUGAAUCUGGAUGUGUGGUUUUUGAAAGAUUCCUUGUAUUCUGGUAAUUUAUUAUUCUCUUGAAAUUGCUGUUAGUUAUAUUGAUUGUUUCAUAAUUGCCUGUUUUAUUUUUAUUAAAUUUUGCCUCUAGUUUCA